CAUAAACAAACGCCGCUCGGUCGCACGUGGACCGCGGAGCUGCUGCGCCUCGCGACAGAUCGCGGGCUCCGGGCGCCCUGCUUCCAGGCACAGGGAACCGCCAGGGAGGGCAGGAGAGCGCUCCCGGGCCGGGCCCCAGCCGCCUCCGCUCCCCUCCCGCUCCAUGGCUCCGCAGCCCCCGCCGCCCGUGCCGCCCUCCUGCUCGGAGGGGCCUCGCGGCAGCGGGUACGAACACUCCGUCAAGGACUAAACAGCACGGCCGCCUCCUCGCGGGCCGCUCUUCACCCCCAAGGAAAGCCAAGGCAGCGGAGACAAGAGGAGGGAGGAAGGAAGAGUGAGCGGAGGCAGGCGGGAAGCCGGGGCUCUGCUCUCCGCGGGACAGUCCAGCCCGAAGGAGGCUGCGCCCGGGGCGGCGGCGGGCGGAGCGCGGGGCGGCGCCCGCCGGGUUGCCCAGGGCUCUUGGCCCGCGGCUGCGGAGGAGCGUCUCGGUGCCCUCGGUCGGCCCUGCGCACCUGCCCGCGGCCUGCGCCCCAGACCCAUCUGGCCCCCGGCGUCCCCUUCCCCAUCACCGCCGCUGCUGCUGGAGCGGGGCUCCGCGGGCCUGGAGCACGGCCGGGUCUAAUAUGCCCGGAGCGGAGACGCGAUGAAGGAGAAGUCCAAGAAUGCGGCCAAGACCAGGAGGGAGAAGGAAAAUGGCGAGUUUUAUGAGCUGGCCAAGCUGCUCCCGCUGCCAUCGGCCAUCACCUCGCAGCUGGACAAGGCGUCCAUCAUCCGACUCACCACGAGCUACCUGAAGAUGCGCGCAGUCUUUCCCGAAGGUUUGGGAGACGCGUGGGGACAGCCCAGCCGCGCGGGGCCCCUGGACAGCGUCGCCAAGGAGCUGGGAUCGCACUUGCUGCAGACUUUGGAUGGAUUUGUUUUUGUGGUAGCAUCUGAUGGCAAAAUCAUGUAUAUUUCGGAAACCGCUUCUGUACAUUUAGGCUUGUCUCAGGUGGAGCUCACCGGCAACAGCAUUUACGAGUACAUCCAUCCCUCCGACCACGACGAGAUGACGGCAGUCCUGGCAGCGCACCAGCCUCUUCACCAUCAUCUGCUCCAAGAGUAUGAGAUAGAGAGGUCCUUCUUUCUUCGAAUGAAGUGUGUCUUGGCGAAAAGAAACGCUGGCCUGACAUGCAGCGGAUACAAGGUCAUCCACUGCAGUGGCUACCUGAAGAUCAGGCAGUAUAUGCUGGACAUGUCUCUGUAUGACUCGUGCUACCAGAUCGUGGGGCUGGUGGCCGUGGGCCAGUCGUUGCCACCCAGCGCCAUCACCGAGAUCAAGCUGCACAGCAACAUGUUCAUGUUCAGGGCCAGCCUCGACCUGAAGCUGAUAUUCCUGGAUUCCAGGGUGACGGAGCUGACGGGGUAUGAGCCGCAGGACCUGAUCGAGAAAACCCUGUACCAUCACGUGCACGGCUGCGACGUCUUCCACCUUCGCUACGCCCACCACCUCCUGCUGGUGAAGGGCCAGGUCACCACCAAGUACUACCGGCUGCUGUCCAAGCUGGGCGGCUGGGUGUGGGUACAGAGCUGCGCCACCGUCGUGCACAACAGCCGCUCGUCCCGGCCCCACUGCAUCGUGAGUGUCAAUUAUGUCCUCACGGAUAUCGAAUACAAGGAACUGCAGCUGUCCCUGGACCAGGUGUCCACGUCCAAGUCCCAGGACUCCUGGAGGACCGCCUUGUCUACCUCACAAGAAACUAGGAAGUUAGCAAAACCCAAAAACACAAAGAUGAAGACAAAGCUGAGAACAAACCCGUACCCCCCACAGCAAUACAGCUCGUUCCAAAUGGACAAACUGGACUGCGGCCAGCUCGGAAGCUGGAGAGCCAGCCCCCCCGCCAGCGCCCCGGCUCCCCCAGAACAGCAGCUCCAUUCAGAAGGCGGCGACCUUCUGUACGCCCCGUCCUACAGCCUGCCCUUCUCCUACCAUUACGGACACUUCCCUCUGGACUCGCACGUCUUCAGCAGCAAAAAGCCUAUGUUGCCGGCCAAGUUCGGGCAGCCCCCAGGAUCCCCGUGCGAGGUGGCGCGCUUUCUGCUGAGCACGCUGCCAGCCGGCAGCGAGUGCCAGUGGCACUAUGCCAACCCCCUGGUGCCCAGCGGCCCGUCUCCAGCUAAAAGCCUUUCCCAGCCGCCAGCGAACACAGCUCGGCACAGCCUUGGGCCAAACUACGAAGCGCCCGCCGCCGCCGCGCGCAGGUUCGGCGAGGACACCGCGCCGCCGCCGCCGAGCUUCCCGAGCUGCGGCCACUACCGCGAGGAGCCGGCGCUGGGCCCGGCCAAGGCCGCCCGCCAGGCCGCCCGGGACGGGGCGCGACUGGCGCUGACGGGCCCGGCCCCCGAGUGCUGCGCGCCGCCGGCCCCGGAGCCCCCGGGCGCGCCGGCGCAGCUGCCCUUCGUGCUGCUCAACUACCACCGCGUGCUGGCCCGGCGCGGGCCGCUGGGGGGCGCUGCGCCCGCCGCUCCCGCCCUCGCCUGCGGCCCCGGCGUCCCCGAGGCGGCAGCCGGCGCGCUGCGGCCCCGGCCCCCCGGCCCCGCCGCCGCCGCCGCCGCCGCCUCGCCUCCCGGCGCGCCCCUGCCGCACUACCUGGGCGCCUCGGUCAUCAUCACCAACGGCAGGUGACCCGCCCGGGCCGGACCGCGGGGUCCCGGGGCCGCCCGGCCUCGCGCAGGGCUGCUCGCGGGGAGAAGCCAUAGGCCAGCCUCCUUGGCUCCCGUUUGGCAGAGUCCAGCCGAGUCACGAGGGGCGAGCUGUAUAUGCACGAUUUAAAUUAAUUUAUACAGAGACGACUAUUUUGCUAGAACGCCGCCGCCGCCGCCUUUUAGAUUUGUACCGUAGACGCCAUAAACGCCGCCGUAGAGGACUGAGACUGCGACAGGGGGAGACCUGACCGCCCGACCUUUGUUCUCCAAGAGCCGGGUUUUCUGAAAGGGCGAAGCUGAGCGUCCCCGACGUCCCACGUGUGGCCUCACUUACUCCGUCUCUGGGGACCCUUGGGGUCCUCACCUUGAAACCAGGCUUGCGCGCCUUGCCUUGGCCCAGAUGCUCACUGCCCCUCCGGGGGAUUGAAGGGGGGUCCCCCCGCUUCACCAAAUCCUCUACUUAAAGGAGGAAAGCCCACCCUGAUACAGGUGCAGGGGGGGAGACCUGGAGGCCCCCUGUGAGUAACGAGAGCCCUUUUAGAGAGGCAGAGUGUGACUAAGUCCUCUCUGAACGGACAACUCCUCUGUCUUACAUUCAUGAGUGUCAUUAAAAGACGUUUUAAUUUAACCCUUUCUUUAGUACAAAAGUCAACAAGCCGAGACCAAAGGGGUGAUGGUGGGUGUGUUUCACAAGUGCAUUCACGAGCCCUUCCUUCCGAACCCCUACGAACUCUUGAUACCGCCAAGCAAAGCACCUUCGGAAUGUCCUGAAUAGGCAUUAAAUGCAAAAAAGAUAUUUUAUGAGAAUGACAUGUGGAUGAAUUAGGUGCCCAGUGGAUUGGCCACCCCUGUCAGGUGUGAUGACAAGGCAAGUUCCCUACGGCCCACACAGACCUGUACUUCUCUAGGCUCGUGUUUGCUACAAGUAGUGCUCAUAAAGCUAGUGAAAUUGCAUGUGCAAUACGGAAAAUUGUCAGUGGACUGCGCCUCGUGGAAGAAAACAUGCAAAAGGGAUGUAAGGAAAAUGAUGUCCACUUUGUCUUCAGCGUUUUCUGCAUUUUAUACAGAGCAAGAAAACUCCGUGUGAACCAGUCAUGUGUGUAACAGGUAAACAGAAACCUUUUUACGAAGCACCAGCAGUGUUUUUAAAAUAAACUUCCAUUAAAUUUUGUUUUUUUAUACUUUUGCUUCAAGAUUUCGCCAUUUAAAACUCCUAUGAUGGCUCUGAAGUGGAUCAAUACAUUGAACCACUGUCUUUCAAUCCGCCCUCCCCUCAAACACUCCCUCAUUUUGCUGCUUUUUCAAAAACUUCCAUGAGUGGAAAGGUUAUUCACAAAUGUCUUGAACUCACUGUUCUAGAAUCAAAGUGCACGUACAUUGACUGUUCUCAAAAUGUGAAAGGAUCUGUUGCCAACCCAGUGUCACUAUGAGAACCUGCCUUUCCCCUAGGACAGGGUCAGUUGCCUUAAGGUACAAUUUGCAAAUUUAGGAACGUGUGUCUUACAGUGAAGGGGCAGAGUCUUAAGAAUCAAAGGCACACACCACUAUAACUGUACCUUCUACCACACUUAGCUAUACCUCAUGAACAGCUUUUUGUGAGUGUACACACAUUAAAUAAGCCUGGGCUAUUAUUUUUAUGCUGCCGAGACCCAUGAUUAAACCACGAUUCCUGGAAAGUGCAGGUUUGAUGAGCAGGACAUAUCACCUGACAUUUUUCAAUAAAGUACCGUAAAAUGCUUUUGUGUCUACCUGGUUAUUAACCAUUGGGGGCUGUGUAAAUAAAUACAAACCAUGAAGGCUUUCAGAGCAGUUUAAUAUCAAAGGUUACUGUUAGGAAAGAAGACCAUUAUAGAUGUACAAAUAAAUAGGCUUAAGGCUGAGCGUAUAUGUACUUGAAAACUAAAAUGAGAACUAGAAAAACAUCCCUGCCCAAACACUCAUCAGUUUUCAUAGACUAGAACGCGCCCUAUGCCACUGGGCUUCCAGGCAGCCAGGAGCUCCAGGCAAAGUUAAGAGCAGUUACCAUGACAACCUAAUAUUGUUACUUCAUCUUUUAGCCCGUACAUUUAAGCUGGGGUAUCAUUUCUUGACGUCUAUGGGCUCUGCAGGAGGAAGAGGAAGCAUUUUAAUAAAUAUGUCCAUCUUUCACAAAAAAAUGAAGAAAGUUAGAGUGGGCGCUAGCAUGCCAACAAAAAUGCCUGAUCAGAUGGAUUUGAGAAAUAAGCCCAGUUCAAGACUGGCUUGGCCCUGCCGCCACUGGGCCUCCCAGGGAAAGGAAUUCCUUUAUGUUCACGGAAGCCCUUUCUAGAAAAGCCAUUCCAUUCAUACCUUUGUAGAGAAGUGAGCAGGGUGUGGGGCGCUGCCGGCUCGGAGGAAAUCUAUCAGAGCCUGCAUUUUCUGCUCCGUCACCCCCACCCCUUUUAUCCUUUUAAAGUCUGAUGCAUCCUAAAGGUGGGAGAGGUUACUCCGUCAAUGAAUCCCGUAUAAAGUCUACCCCAAGUAUAUUUUCUUGUGACUGAAAGGCGGUUAAGGUCGACUGUGGGGGCUGCUACAGAUAAAACGGAAUAAAAAGAACAUUUUCCAAGAAAUUCCAUAGAAUUACAGGAGCCUAAAAUUUUAGCAAAUCGUAGCCCUUGGCUUAGCUAAGAUGCAUUGUUCAAGCUAUUCCUAAACUUAUGGAUGUAUGAUAAGUAAAGGUUAAAAUCUUGGAGAAAAACUGUUGAGACAAAAGUCAGGCAGUAUUCACAAAAAAAUAAGAACGAUCCAACAAGAACAAAAUCUGUUCUUACAUUAAAUUUGCUGUUCCAUUCAACAAUUUUCAAAUAUAAUGUUUUACCACAUGAAACUUAUUUCUCACGUCAGUUAAUUGUUUUUAACUUUGGGGUUUUGCUAACUCUUAUUCUUUGGAGUAAAGCAAUUUCUCUUUUGUAUGAUACAUAAUACAUGUGUCAAAAAUACAUUAAAACAAAGCAAUCAGCUUUCUAAUACUUAGAAAUACAUACGUAUUCCUUACUAUGUAAAACUAUUUAUUUUAAAAAAUGUUUAAAUAUGAAUAAAAGUACUGUAACCAAGAGGAGUUGUGUAUUUUUACAAAUGAAACAUGGUAAAAAUAACAACGAGCCCAAACUAUAUAGAAAGUCUUAAAGUUUAUUUUGGUAGACUUGCAGUUAUAGGCAUUGGUUUAAAGUAGUUACUUUUCAGAGAUGAUUCUUUGAAAAACGGAAGAUGCUGAGUUUCACACUUUAUUUUCAAAUAUGCAUAGUAGUGCCCCAGGAAUAAGGACUCUCCAUCUUUGCCUGAGAGCAAACAGAUCUACAGAAUGGAAGUCUAAAAUGACUCUUUUAUGCGCUCUGAAACUGCCGGGUGAGGCUGGCUUCGCUCCUGGUUCUCAGACUCAAGGGUGAGGGCUGACCACGUGGUAGUCCUCCCGCAUGUAUGGGGCGGGGGGGCGGGGGGGAAAUGCUGCAAGCGGCCCCUCUCUGGGUCUUGCACCCACCCUUCCUUGGGCCACUUGAUCCCAUAUUAGGCGCCAAUGUGCUGCAGCAGCAAACCCCACCGGACACAAAUACUUCUGACUUUGCUCCUUGCAGUGUACGUGCUGCUAGGACAACCACUGCCAAGGAGCACUGACCCAGCAAGGGGCCGCAGGAAGCCCUGCUAUUGCUGUGUCCUAUUUUAGGGCAUUUGUCCUCAAGAAUUACUCUGAAAUUUGCUACCAGCCCAGAGGGGAGGGUGUUUUGCCUUUUACAUAACUUGGUAGAUGCUCAAUGCACAGCCUCUGAAGUGGGGCACAAUUCAAAUAUCCUAAAAGCACAGGCCAGUCCUGAGGUUAAAUGCAAAAACUGUGGUCUUUAAAGAUUAAGAAGGAAAUGCAAAGUUCCCGUUAAGACGUUGAAGCUCCUUGAGAUCACAGAUUACGGGGUGCACAAACGCCCCAAAUGGAUGAGUGCAGUAUAGCAGGUAGACAAGCUUCCUUAAUGCUAAGAGCUAUCAGUCAAGUGCCUUUAUCCAGCUGUUCUUCUACAGGAAGCAGAAUUAAAAAGUCUUUGGUUCAUCUGAGGCAAAAUCAGGUUUAUGUAAAAACACUGCUCCAAGUAUCUUCAUCUCUGUGCCAAGUCUGUUUCGUCCCCCUCAAGACAACUGGGUGUCGGCCCAAGCAAGACGAGUCUUAGAAGCACAGAGGCAAAGCGAUACGCCCAGAACGUCUCCAUUGCUUCGACGUGGCCACACUUCAUUAGUUUUAAUUUACCAAAAGGAAAUUAAAUGAUAACCUUUUUUUUUUUUUUCUUCUCAAAGCAGACUGUCUAGAAUAGGACUUUAGCUUAAAGCAAAUCAUGGCAUGUUUUUCAUUAAAUAACCCCCCAAAGAAAUCCAAAAAGUCAAGAUGGCAGCUCUGAGAGAUGACUCGCCUUCUAUUACAAAGUUUGAGAAAUGAAACUUGCAACAUUAGUCUGAGAUCUUUCUUCUUGGUGAUAUUUUGCAGAUGUCCUCUCAGGGGUGAUUUUGUAAUUCUGGGGUGCUGUGGACUUUUCUUUAGACUUGGGCAUUUAAGAGAGAGUGGUCGAUUUUUUAAGAAAAAUAAUUCUAAUUGAAGCCUUAUUUGCAAAGAUUACUUCUGAAGUUACUUUAAAGUUACAUUUCGAAAACGCACAUAUUGCAUUGGUGUACUUAACUAAACGUGUUAUUAUUUUCCUUCCUAUGGAGGGCUGCCUGUGCCUGGCUAAAGGUAGACCGAUUUUAUACUGCAAACCACAAGUUUCUGGAGUUAGCCUGACUGCGUAAAGCUGGAUAAAGAUGGUGCUAGUGUAUCAUAAGGGGAUUUUGUUCAAAGCUGAGAGCCUCAUCAAAUUUUCUUUCGACUAAUUUCAGCUGGGAUUGGCAGGAAGAGAGAAAAACGGACCCAAAAAUGGCCUUUUCAGGCUGUAAAGUAAUGCGUAUGAUUCUCAAGUUCAAGAGAGAUAGGAGUUACAUGGAAAAAGCAUGGAAUACAUCUGGAAAUAGCAAAUGUAUAUCAAAAGGCUUCCUUUCUUUUGUUCUUCCACGGAGACUCUUAGGGCAUCAGAUUUGGAACGUCUUUUAAAGCUACACACACACACACACACAUACACACACACCCUCUUAACUGAGGGUACCACUAUUCAGUAUCAAUAACAUUUUCUUUUUUGGCAAUAUAAGAAAAAGGAGGCAAAAAAUAUGACUUACAAAUGAACGGGCAUGUAUUUUUAUAUUCUGUGUACUGCUCAGUCCUGCAAGAACGCUCCACAUUUCAAAGCAAGGCUUAAAAGCUCCAAAUCCUCCUUUGCGUGUGGUAUGAGAGGAAGACUUCAUCUCCAGCUGUUAGAGCCAAAUCAUCCACCCUCACGGCCCAGCAAUUGCCUAAUCAACGCGUUAAGGAUCUUGAACUUGAUCCCAGCACUUCAGAAUAUGCAAUAAAUUUAAACUCAUGAAAGGAGAGCUCAUUAAUUGAUGUCAAAGUAAUUGCAAAGUAAAGUUAAAGGUCAUGGCAAUCAUACCAGCUAGAUGUGCUUCUGUAGCCGUUUAGACAUCGUGACUGGACCACAAACCACCAGGCUGAGAGUCACUCUUAGGCAUCCACCCUCUCUUUUCUUCAUUAACAAAAAAA